UGUUUGACUUCUAUAGUAUGCACUUCCUGUAUUCAUUUCAAAAAGAUGGCGGAUGAUUUGGAAAGCUCGUCAGCUGAAGCUUUGAUUAGUUUCAGAGAGGCUAAAGCUGACUAUAAGUCCCCAUCAAGACAGAGAAACCCAACACGCAUCAGAAAGAAGAAUGCCAAAUUUUACAACGAAGAUGAAGACACAUCCUUCUCUAUCAAACCACGGGCCCCCAAGAAGAGAGAGCGUAAACCCGGUGUCGGGUUGACGUUGCAUGAUAAAAAGAUGGCACAAGCCAUUGGGGUGCGACUACGAAACCUGCUGAAGUUACCUAAAGCUCAUAAAUGGGUGUGUUAUGAGUGGUUCUAUUCCAAUUUAGACAUACCACUCUUCUUGAUGGAAAACGAUUUUUGUAUCUGCAUGAAAGAGUCUUUUCCACAACUUAAGAUGAAAAAGCUACGGAGAGUGGAAUGGUGUAAGAUACGUCGCUUGAUGGGCAAACCUCGCAGGUGUUCCCCAGCUUUCUUUGAGGAGGAGCGAGCAGCUCUUGAAAUUCGACGCACGAAAAUCCGAUUACUUCAACAGAGGAAGAUGUCGGAGUUGCAGACCUUCAAAGAUCUGCCGGAAGAAAUCCCGAUGCACCUUGUUAUUGGUACCAAAGUCACAGCACGCUUACGGAAGCCCCAGGAUGGAUUAUUCACAGGUGUGGUAGACGCGUUGGACACGGUGACAAAUACGUACAGAAUUACUUUUGACAGACCUGGGAUUGGUACACACUCUAUUCCUGACUAUGAAGUUCUGAGUGUAGAGCCUCAGGAGACGAUCCCAUUGUCAGCAUUUCAACAGAAACACCGGCCCAGGCAGCCUGCCUUGUUCUCACCACCCAAGUUUGUCCCCAGUCUCGGAUCCCCAAACCCAGAGCUGGACAACGACCCCCUCCUGAGUGGGUCUACGUUCACAGGGAAAUUACUCAGUCUGGAAGGCGGGACAUACGGAGGAUUUCCUAUCAAGUUCCUAGUUCAAGUGACAAGACUUUCAAAAAUACUUUCACUGAAGAAAGAUUGGAUCAAUCAAUUGAAGGAGUUAAAUUCACAAGCAGAAAAAACGAAAUCAUUCCAGCAGCCCAUCACGCCAGACUUUCAGAGAAAAUACGCCACCACUGUCCUGGAACUGGAGCAGCUGAACAAACAGUUAGCUGACUGUCUGGCAGGGGUACAGAUGUACUGCAAGGAGCUAGCUCCAGACAUUGGUAUGACUCCUCUGGAUGAGCCGUCACAAAUCAAGACCAACUGUGAUGAAGAGGCUGUCGAGAUUGUGAACAGAAUCAGUGGGAUGUUUCAUAAAAGAACCUCCAAAAACCAUAGGGUUAUUGACCUGAUCUCCAGUUUGACGUCUCUUAUGCUUCAAGUCAGGACAUUCUCUGAGCAAGAAUUUAACUCAUUUGAAUUCAAGUGUUUACAAGAUACUUUGAAAGAAAUAAAGGAUAAAUUAGAUGGAAAUAGCAUAAAUGCAUUCCAGAAUAAUGUGGAGAUCCACAUAAAUCACAUCCAGAGUGGCCUGAGUCAAAUGGGAAACCUUCACGCCUUCUCUACCUCCACAUACAAGGUGUGAUGAAGUCAAGGGUCAAGGACAAGUGGAGUUAUAUCUGGAAGUGACAGUAAAUUAAACUGUUGAGCCAUUACUCGCUAGUGUUGCAGCCACACAGCGUUCAGCACCAGCUAGAAGAGUCUAUUUUGGUUUAGCCAAUCAUUCUUGAUUAUGUGAAGACAAUAGUCAGAAAUAGAAUUCUAAACCACAUUAGUAUCAACUGGGAACUAUAAAAUUGUGUUGGUGUACUAUUAUUAAAGAUUAGAUCAUAUUUUCUGUAUAUACAUAUGCACCUGGGAUCUGAGAUUUGGGGGCAUGCUUGAACUAUUUCAUGGUACAGUGUGCUGUGAAUUUGACCUGCUGCAAGCACCACAUUGGAAACCGAUAUUGCUACAAUCUGUGAAUUAUGAAAGUGAAUUACUCAAAGCAUGAUUUGUGAAGACCAUAUUUAUAUUGAAUAGGGCAGAGUGGUUACAUGUAUGUAAGGUAUUCUACUGGUACUUUGAAUUGGCAUGUAAAUGAUUAAAUGUUUUAUAAAAAUG